GACAUUUCUCUAUACUUUUGUUGUGAUCCCUAUUUCUUAAAAUAUUUAUUAAUAUUUAUUGUACAUAGUUUAUAACCAUUUUACUAUGAUAUUAAUUUAAUUUGCAAGAAAUAAUGAUAUAUACUAUUAUUAUUGAAAAUGGAAAUCAUUAAUCCAAACGCGGCCGUUCUCACCAACUUCGAGGUUAUGAGUGCACUAAAAAACAUGAAAAGCAGCAAAAAGAAACACGGUUUGCGAAAUUUAGCAACUAUCACGUACGAAACGGUCCAGUAUCUGGAAGACACGCCCUGUCGAGAGCAAAGUUCCGAGUCGAUAGUAGCUUUUCUCCGAGCAAUGAAGCAAUUUAAUCUAACCAAAAACGAAUGUCUGAUGAUGAUCAACGAUCCGCCCAGUUCUGCGCUACACAUACAGAUCAUGAUCGAAGACUCGGACGAGCGGCUAACUGACGAACAGGUCAAUCUGAUUAUCGAACUCGGCGCAAAACUUCGCACGAGUAGCACCGAGGGGGUGGGUCAUCAAGUGGAAGAAAACGAAUGAGGUGCGUCUUGAUUGAGGACGUGGAUGACGACUUGAUAUUUCCUGUAUACAAAUAAGUUAAAUUGUAAAAUAAAAACAAACUAGCCUACGAUGCA